AUGAGCUGCGCUAAGUGUCACCAGGCUCCACCUGAGACUGGUGACACGUGGUGCGCUGCUUGCAGUGCCUGGGAGGCGCUAGCUUCCGAGCUAGCUGCACCUUGGCACUCGCGCGCGCUGCGCCACCUGGUCACCGAACAGGUGGAGCAUCUUGUUCGGUCGGUGAGAGCGCUGAGAAACUUUUCUAGCAGCCUCAAAAGCGCUGAGGCCUCUCGAGCUGCUGAGCGUGACAGGAGUGAGAGACAAGCUCACUCGGAGGAGGGCGAGCGGGUGCCAGCAGCGGCAACGGCUGCCAAGAGCAAGGCGAGCCGACCCGAACGUGAACAAGGAAAACCUGAGAAAGCCGAGGAGGACAGACACUCUCCGGCACGGCCGAGGAGUCCUGAAACAGAGCUGGACGAAACCAUCAGAGGCUGUACAGGGCACAAGACAACCCGGAUCAGCCCCUUCACCGGAAGCGUCCCGCCAGUUAUUGGGACGAGCAUCACUCGCUGGGCCACGGCCCUGCUGAGAGGCGGCGCGGAGUUCUCUCACGAGGACCACGCUGCCUGGGAAGAGCUUACAGUGCUGCAAGGCCAGGUGGUCGAGGUUCUGCUGUCCGAAACCGGAGAAGACUUCCCACCCGACCUAUGGGGUGGUUUCCUGGUGAUAAAGGUCGAACUUGGCCUGGAGGGAGACAUGAUUUUCUACGCCAAAAGUCUUGGUUGCGACGAUCCGGAAUCCACCAGGGACUACAUGACGUCGGCGGUGAAGAAGCAGAUGAAGAAAUGGUUGGACCAGUUGGAGGACGAGUUGACGCGCCCUUCAAAAGGUUUGGACAUCACAGUGCCCAUGCCCGAUGGAGACAUGUGGGAACAUGUCGAGGCCUUGAAGUCCACGGCAAAGGCACAUCCCCCCGCUCCUCCAGGUCGGUUGGAAGAAAGGAUCUCAGAAAGCAAGAGAGAGGUGCCGAGCUGCCCCCCCGAGAAAUCAGAGGAACCUGGGUCGCCCGGUUAUUCACCCUCUCCAGUGGAAGAGAGGGAGGCCUUGCACAAACGUCGACAGGGCGCGCUGAGGGCACCUCCUCGCCGCAGCGUCCACGAGACUGUGGAACCCCUGGAGAUCGAAGACGAAGAGGAGAAGGAAAGAGAAAGGAGAAAGAAGAAGAAAAAGGCCAGGGCAGCAGAAAAACCACUUGCUCUGGCUAUAAAAGAUACUUCUACAGGAAGCUUGCAGGCUCAGCUUCUGAAUCAGGCAGCCAAAGCAGCUCAGGAGAAAGCUGGGCGCAUCCGAGGAGAAAAAGAAAAAGCCAGAAGGAAGGACCCCAGCACUGUGUUGGUGAAGUGGCUACAACAAGCCGCUGGUGGAGGAAAGAAGAAGAAAAAGAAGAAGAAGGGCAAGAGGAGCCAGAGGUCAGACCCCUACCAGGAGGGGAACUCAGAAGGUCGGAAGAGAAGGAGGAAGAAGGAUCCUGGAGGGCCGGACUCCAGCCCGAGCUCCUCGAAUGGCAGUGGCCAGACGAGCUGCUCCGAUCUCAGCUCCAACGAAGCUUUGGAGGCGUCGUCGAGCAGCUCAGAGGAUUUGAGGAUGGAGCCACCCUUGCGGAAGAAAGCGAGGGAGCGCCCGGGCAGCGUCCUCCAAUUGUUGGUGGAACAUGCCAGAGCACAGCUGGAUCAGAGCUCGAAAGUGGUGAUCGGGAAGGAGUCAGGCAAGGACUACACGGCCAAACUGGCCCUGAAGGUGUCGCAGCCAGAGCAAUGGUAUUCCCCUGGCGCCGGCAAAGGCCGUGGCGGCCGGGGAAAGGGAUCCGGCUGGUCCGAAUGGCCCCAAGAGACAAAAGGAAAGUCCAAAAAGGGUGGACGAGGAAAAGGCAAGGGCCGAGGUUGGUGGGGUCAACAGUCCGAAUCUCACGAGCCGGACCCCAGCAAGAAAAAGGAAAAGCCAGGUAUUUCAAGUCCUCAAUACCGAGCUGCUCUUCUUACCGUCGGUUGGGAUGCUUGGAAGGGUGUUUUAGCCGCUGCAAACCUGAGCGCUGCCCGCGGGCGGAACUCAGUUUUUCCUUUCAGAGAAGGUGAGCUGGUCACCUUGGUAUCUCGUUUCAAAGAAUUCAGCUUGGAGCAUGUGAGUACACCCGAAGUGGUGGAAGAAUGGAGUGCUUGCGCUUGGUUGUACAAUGUGGUGUCUGCCCUGAACAAGCUGGCCGGUUAUAAGGGGACACCCUAUGCAGGGCGCUGGACGUUGUCCAAGCUGGCCGCGGUGAAGAGUAUGAGAGCUGCCAUCGAAAGGCGCUGCGCAAAAGACGCGGAGCAGGAGCCUUACAGCGAAGCGGAUUGGCAAAAAGAGCUCAAUGGACGUUUGAUGGGUUAUAAUGGGGAGGAGAUUUCAACAUGCCAACAACUCACUGUGGAACAGGUAAUGCCCAGUCUCCCACCUGAAGAGCAUGGCGGCUCCAUCGAAACUUUACAUUGGGUUUGCCCUAGGACUCGUGAGUUUUUGUUAAACCCUGACCUCCUCUUGAAAUGUCAAGCAGACGUGAAACUACCUAGGCUCCCAGGGAAAAUUCAUGUCAAGGCUGAGGACAAGACGGUCAUUGCGCAUGAGUUGGUUAGGCGAAACAUUUGUACAUGGGUCCCGCUGGAUACUGUUUACAAGGUUGGAUCUCAACAAAUCCUCAACGGACUUUUUGGUGUCAAGAAACCAACUUUGUUAAAAUCUGGUGAACCUGUGCUGCGGUUGAUCAUGAACCUCACGGGAAGUAAUGCAACCCAACACCAGCUUGAAGGUGGGGCCUCAAACUUGCCAGCCAUCACUUCAUGGCAGAGCCUAGUCCUAGAACAGGGACAGACCCUGGAGAUGUUUCAAAGUGAUAUGUCCUCAACUUUUUACUUUUUCAAGGUCCCCCCGUGCUGGCACCGUCACUUGGUGUUCAAUAUCAUUGUGCCGGAGGAGGAGCUGAUGGGACAUGGGCGCCGGCAGUUUGCCUUGUGGCAUUGA